AUGGAGUUAUACAAACGCUUAGAAAGAGAGCACUCGAUGAAGUCUGGGCUAGGGGUUGAGGUUUGCGGUUGGGGAAUAGUCCGUGGCGCUAAGCGGCGAGAGAAUAUGGCCUGCCCACUUGGUUCGGAGGGAGGGGUUCGCAAGUAUCUUAUUAAUUGCUCGAAACUCAACUUGGAACGGAAAUAUGCAGGGAUACAAGACGAAUACUGGAGAUUUUAUUUUGUAUUCUUAAUAGAGCAACACGAUGGAAUUAUGAGCUAA